AUGACCAUGAAGGUAUUGCGUCGUAUCGAGCAAGCGGCGACGACAUUCCUGGAAGACUUGAUGAUGGAUGAGAUGACUUCACUCCAGACGAUCCGUCGUAGUUCAAGCGCCUUGGAAUUCGACAGCGAGUCCCAGGUGCUUUCGCAUGGGGGAAACAUGCGAACGAUUCGAUUGAACUCCCAAGGGGCUCGGAAAUACACUGGCAUAUGGCUUGUCCUCCAGACCGCACACCAAUUGCUCCUGGAGGACAAGUCCAUCACCCAACGGGAACUGUAUUACUUGCACCCGUUCUUCGAGUCUCAAAAAGAGGCCGACGAAAGCAUCUUGGAUACUGGAGGCUUUCUCGGCGUGCCCCGGGAGUGCUUGAACAUUGUCGGCGGGGUCAAAGGGUGCUUCACUGGUCGAAUGUCCAUCCAAGUAGACCAUUAUUACGAAAACGGACAAUGGGUCGAUUGUGCCAAGGAUGGGCCCAGUGGACGACCCAUCACUCGCGACAUUCUGCGAUUGCACCACGACCAAAUCGAUGCCCGAUUCAUCCUGGUCAUUGAAAAAGAUGGUAUUAUGAGCGCCGAAGACUUGUUUUUUGACGCGAUGCCGUGCAUCUUGGUGACUGGGAAGGGCUUUCCGGACCUUGCCACGCGGUGCUUUGUGAAAAAGCUGAGCGAUUUUCUCCAAGUGCCCGUGCUCGGGUUGUGCGAUUGCAACUCGUUUGGUCUGUCCAUCUUGCUCACGUACAAGUUUGGGUCAGCCCGCAUGCCUCUCGACUCGAUCCACUACGCGGUGGACAUUCAAUGGCUUGGGUUGAGGCCAUCCCAGCUUGAAGCACUAGAAUUGCCCAAUGUGGUCAAGAAGAAAUGCACCAACCAAGACAAGCGGCGCAUGAAGUCGCUGAUGCUGCAUCCUUUUGUCCAAAUGCAACCGCAGUAUCGCCACGAAAUUGACCUGUGGCUCGCAGACCCGUACAAAGUGGAAUUGGAGGCGCUGCACACCAAGGGCUUUGGGUUUUUAGGCCAAUUUGUCCAAGACUCGAUUUUGCACGUCGACUACAUUUAA